GCAUUGCGCCGCUGGGGGCUUUUUUCGAUUUCGCCGUGGACAAAGAUCGGCUUGAUUUUGGGGAGAAAGUUAGGGGUCGUGCGGUGCUUUGCUGCAGAUUUUCCAGCGAGGCGGGGCUUAUCGUUCUUCAGGAGCGAUGCAGGCGCCACUCGAGAAAGAAGGGGCAGGGAGCGGUCUGCAACGCGAAAGAUUCGGUAGAUGGAGGAUAUUGUUAAUAACUACAAGAAGUGGUUAUUGGUGAGGAGAACAAUGAACUCAAUUUCGAUGAUGAGGAAACGGGGGACUUGGAGGCGGUCGAUGAGCCAACGGUGUUCCCGGUGGUGGGGGUUGUGGUCACGGAUCGGAAGGUUAGACUUCCGAGGUUUCAGGAGCUGUUAACUUCAAUAUGGAGGCCAGGAAGAGGUGUAGCUAUCAAGUAAAUUGGGGAUAAAAGGUACCUUUUUGAAUUUAAUCAUGUGUUGGAUAUGAAUCAUGUACUUGAAGAUGGACCUUGGUUGUUUGAAAGAGACUUAGUUCUUUUGAAAGCUAUUAAGCCAGAUGAUAUACCUGAAAAUAUGAAUUUGUAUGAGGCUGAAUUUUGGGUACAAGUUCACAAUGUUCCCUAUAAAUUUAGAAAUUUGACUUUUGCCAGGAGAAUUGGGAACUUUUUGGGUACUUUCAUUAGGUUUGAUAAGAGUCAGUUCGAAGGCAACCAGAAAUCAUACCUGUGUAUACGAGUUUGUAUGGAUGUGCGAAAACUCCUAAAAAAGGUACUACUCUAACGAAAGAAGGGGUGGGACAUUGGGUAGAUUUUAAUUAUGAAAAACUGCCUAAUUUCUGCUUCAUGUGUGGGGUAAUUGGGCAUUUGGACAAAUUAUGUCCCUUGAAGUAUGAAGAGAGUUUUGUGGUAGAGAAAUCCUUUGGGGUGGAGCUUAGGGCUGGAGGUGGGGUGAAGAAUAGUCCCUUAGGGACUAAUAAGUGGCUAGUGAAUGAUUCCUCAAGCUCCGGGGGAUUUGGGCAACAGCGGAAGACUGAUCUCGGGGGAGAAUACUCGGCAGAGACAGGUGCAAGUGUAUCCCAGCAAGGUGGGAAGGAUGAUAAGGAGGAGGUGCCCAGUGAGACAAAACGCAGGAGAAUUUGGGAAGACCAGGCUAGAGAAGAUGCAACUAGAGAGGGCAUGACACUAGACAGGCCAAAAAAUGGGGAGGCGGCGGGUCAAUCUUCCUAGACCCGCCGGUAAUAAAGUUGGCAACUAGGCUCUGGAAGACGAAGACUGGUUUUUUAUUAUUUGUUUGCCUUUAUUUUUCUUUCAGUGGUCAGACUGUUCUAGUUUACUGUUAUUUUUCCCUUUAUUUUAAGACUCUUGCAUUAAGUUUGGGGAAUGAGAGGUCUGCGGUAAUCGUCAUUGGCUUUAAGUUUCCCAAGUUAGGUCUAACGAGUUAUAUUGCUUUGUCAAAGGUGAUUAACUCAGAGUCUCGGCCAAGGGCGGAUGAUUACAUGUGAUCCUUUUGUUAUCUUGUACCCUUGCUGAAUGCUUUUAUAUUAAUUUAAGCUCUCUUCGAUAAAAAAAAUCUAGUUGAGUUCUA